AUGAAAACAUAUGUUACUCUAGACGAAGAUCUACCUUCAAAUAUUCCUCAACCAAGAGGACCAAUCAGAUGUGCUUGUACAAAUCAUCUUGAAAAGUUAGAGGCAGAAAUUGAAUAUCCAGUUUCUGCUAAAAAACUAUUUGAUAUGAUAUUUGAUGAGAAAAGUACUUUGUGGUCAAGACUACAUCAUAAAAAAGGCAAUAUCUUACAACAUAGUGGUCCUUGGGUUAUUGAUAAUAGUGGUGAGGGGGAAAGAAAAAGAGAAUUCAGAUAUAUUAUACCAAUCAAUAAUCCAGCUGGUAAGUCAUCGAUUAUUAUAUAA